ACUCGGCGCAUUCGGUAGGGAUCGGCCGUGGGUCGAUCUGGCGCUGCUGGUGUCCAGCCGUCUGGAUUGGUGCAAUCGAUUUAAUGCAAUAUUUGAUGGAAUUGAUCAAGACCUGUGGAACACAGUUACGGAAUUACGUCGAGUGUCCUGGAACGGAAAAGGGUGCAGUCCACAAAGUGCAAUGAAACUGAGCUUCUAAAUGCAGAAAGAAUCGGAUCACGUGAAGUUAGUAGAGUUUUCAUGUUUGUGUAAAUAAUCAGCUGGGUGAAGUAGGAACGAGUCUGGAAGGAAGAUCCUCUCCGUGUCGUUUUUAAAGUGCGUCUUUAAAGUUAUCAAAUAUGUAGAAAUCAAUUGAAGUCAUCUCGUCCGAAAGGUGCCAGAUAUUCUCUAGAGUAAAGUGCGUUUUGUGUGAUCUUGUCAACUGUCGUGACGCGUUUGUAAAUCAAUGAUAACACAAAGGCAAAUUUUAGUUUAUUUGGUCGCGCUGAGAAAAAUUAGUUGUACGAUGAAGGCCAGCGUGAAAUAAAGUGCUCGUUAUGACGACGGCUCAGCGUUCUUCAUAGGUCAAAGUAGAUUGGCCUUACUGACGAAAGCCUACACGUAAAGCCCAGACACUGCAACACGAACGUAUUUACCCGUGUCUGUUUAGCAGCCAUCAUUAUAUUAUCAUCGAUGAAUAGAACGAAUUGUGCGAACAGGAUUGAAUCGCUUAAUUAGCUAAAUGGUCUCCGGGGUAUCAAACGAGUGUGGGUUAGUUGCGGUUGGGGAGAACGAAAGCUUAGUGGAAACCAGAACAUAAAGUGAAGUUGGAACACACAGUUGGCAAUUAGCGACUAUUAAUAAAAUUUGAGUCACCGCUGAAGGCACGGUGACCGAAAAAAGGGCAUAGACGGUGAAGAUGAGUGCUUCACUAGUGGAAGGCUAUCCUAAAGACGCAGGGCCACCACCUCCGCCCAUGGCUUCUUUGGGCACUCUCGGAUCUCACAGUGGAUACUUCGCGCAUCCUGGAGGACACCCAGCCCCUCACGGAAUGACACACUAUCAUCAGGGCAGGCCAAGCAAUAUGGCCGAUUUCCAAGAUAUGUGGCAAGACAUCGAAAGCGUAUUGCUUGGGGACGGCGGCCAGUCGACCCAUGAAGCUCGACAGCAGCGGCUUGCCGCUCAGCAAAACCUUCGCAAUAUGCUUAGCUCGUAUAAUCAAGGUUCAGUAUCGGAACGUGUCGUCUAUGCAACGCCAACCUCAUCGUCGAACAGCAUUCACUCACCCUCGUCCGACAAAAACAUCAAAAUUGAGUUCUUCACCGCGACACAUCCGCCCCAUCCCGAACCUGCACACCCUCAACCACCGGGACCUCCUGAAGCGUUGGCCUACCCGACUUCAGCACCAUACCCUCAUCGGUAUCAUCAUACCCAUCAUUCGCAUGGGAUAGUCCAACCACCUCAGCAUCACACAGCGGCUCACCUACCAACAACGUUGGAAUCACACCAUCUUGAUCAUCAUCACCCCGAAUCCAACGGUAGCGUGAAGUCUGAACCUGAUCGAAGUUCCUCAGUGGCGCUAGCAGCAGCAACCGCAGCAGGAACAGCUGCUGGCCCAAGAGCAUACCACCACUCACCGAGUCCGACCAGUCCCGAUUAUUACCAGCACCAAUGGGGCUUUUAUAGUGGGCCAUCGGACGAAUCUACAGCGAAUCCCGACCAGCAUCCAAGUGGAAGCGGGGGCGGAAAUAAUUCUUACCCGUUAGUUCAUGGCCUGAAUCGAUUCUACCGACCGCAACGACCUUAUGCCCCAGUUGGGGGACGAAUCCCUUCACCACAUCUUCGGCAGGACAUACCGCAGACGAUUAUUCCCGAUCAGCUCGAGCCACCGUUGUACGGCAUGGCGCACAUGUCCAUGGGAGCUAUGGGUCCUAUCGGGGCAUUACCUGGUUCGCCAAAGGUUACAGGAAAACGGGGUCGAAGAAGUCGGAACGGCCCCAAAAAGAUCACCAUCCAUACAUGUAGCUAUCAAGGUUGCAUGAAGACAUACUCGAAAAGUUCUCACCUCAAGGCGCACCUUCGUACUCACACCGGCGAAAAACCGUACAUGUGCAAUUGGAAGGGCUGCGGUUGGAAGUUUGCUCGCUCGGACGAGCUGACCCGACAUUACCGAAAGCACACAGGAGAUCGGCCAUUUCAGUGUCGGCUCUGUGAACGGGCCUUUUCGAGAUCAGACCAUUUGUCUUUGCAUAUGAAGCGACACACGGAAAUGAUGUGAUUGCACAAAAUUAUUAUACAACGCAGCAAAUCCAGUAGAGAUCAGUCGCCAUCGAGGAUUAUUCCAAGCUGGCGGCUGCUAGGCCUUUGACAACAUCGCUGUGUAUAUAUAGCGGGAGGUCGUGUCGAUCGGUUCGGGUGGCGUCUACAGCCUUUCAUGGAAACGAUGCUAAAUGCGUCAUACAACUCUGAAAAAGGUUCGCCAGCUGAGAACAUGGAAGGUGUAGAACGGUGGAGCAGCUAUCGAUCUAGUUGAAGUCUCGUCCAUCGCGUUCCUACUGUUCUCCGCUACUUGUCAGCGCCUCCCGUCUGCCGAUUGCAUUAUCGUAGAGGGAAGUCUUCACGCUCCUUUUCUUCUCUUGACCGCAGACACAGACAAACGUAAAACAGCAAAAAUGCUCGAAACGGAGAUAAAUGGCAAGGCCGGUUCGGAUCGUUCUUCUUCAAAGUCGAGAAGAUCAUUACAGAAGCAGCGGACCCUGGGCCAGUUAACGGAAGAGCCAACGGGAUCGACCAGUACACACAUGUGUACUUAUCGUGAGGUUCCCAAAGCACCAAGAAGCAAACAAAGCAUACAGCUAACGAAUGUGUCCACGAGGCAAAACAAGAUAGACCUUUGUUUACGUCACCUUAUGAUUUCGACGAAUUCAUCUCAAUACCUGAUGCUAAUUUAUUAAAUCUCGAGAAGAGUAUGGAGAUUUGAAUCUAUUUGAAUUGUUUCUCCAUCUAUUCACACCGUAUAUUUCGUUGGCUGUAAAUACGCUAGGAUAUAAAUAUGUGGUAUAUGCAAAUGAGAUAAGAUGAAGUAGGUAACGGCCUUAAUUAAAAAGUAAAAAAAAUAAGGCUUG